AUGUCGGGGAGGUUAUGGCUUUGGGGGUAUUCACGGAUUUCUUCAGGGAUACGAGGUCUCUCAAACAUCUGUCUGUGCUGUUGUGUGAACACUUUACUGCAGACCCUCUCCGCCACUUAUGAACUUGUGGAGUCGCUCGGCCGAUGGGAUGUUACUCACUUGAGACCAGAUGAGGACCGCAAUGUCCCAUUUGAAUUAAAAAAGUUCUUUGCUGCUGAGUCGGCCUCACAUAAAGCCUUCCUGCACUGUCUUCACAGAAACGGUGUUCAACUUCACACUCAGCAUGAUGCAGAUGAAGUUUUCCUGGUCAUCCUCAACUUAAUUAAAAACCAAAUGGAUGACAAAAAUCUGGCAGAAGAGAUCCAGAAUUUGUACAAAAUAUCAUUGGAGAGCCAUGUCCAGUGUCUGAGGUGUGAUUCAGUCCAAACAAAACAAAGCUACCUGCUCAGCCUGCCUCUGCAUGUGGAGGAAGCCCACACAUCACUGGAGCAGUCAUUAGCCUUAUUUUUUCAGGAACAUGAACUCAAAGGCAUAAACUGCUGCUUUUGUGUUCAAUGUACAGACAAGACACCUUCAAAGCAAGGCGUCCAGCUGCUCUCCUUGCCACCAAUCAUGUGCAUCCAGCUCAAGCGAUACCGUAAUAAUGCCGGGUUUACACAGAAGCUUGAUAAUGAGGUGACUUUUCCUGAAACGAUUGACUUUUCAAAAGCAGUACCUCAAGCUUUCUCCAACAACUUCAGCCAGACAGGCUGCCUGUAUAAUCUAUAUGCAGUAGUGGUGCAUUCAGGGUCAGCAGGAUGUGGGCACUACACAGCUUAUGUUCGUCACAAAGAGAGCCAGGGCUGGUUCUAUGCUGAUGACAGCCACACUCACCAGGUGUCCUGGGAAAAAGUACAGUCGUCUUACGGAGGGAAACACAGGCAAACGGCGUACAUGCUAAUGUACAGAAAAGCAUGA